ACGGAGGUGAAGAUCCAAAAGCACCCCCUUCACAUUCUCUCUCUAAAACCCCUCUCUAUUUCUCUUCUCAAAAAUCCAAAAGCUCCUUUAGCGUAACUUCUACUCCUUCCAUGGCGAACAGUAAUCUACCUCGAAGAAUCAUCAAGGAGACACAGCGGUUGCUUAGCGAACCAGCUCCUGGGAUAAGUGCAUCACCAUCAGAAGAGAAUAUGCGUUAUUUCAAUGUCAUGAUCCUUGGUCCAUCACAAUCUCCUUAUGAAGGAGGAGUCUUCAAAUUGGAGUUAUUUUUGCCUGAAGAAUAUCCAAUGGCAGCCCCCAAGGUUCGAUUUCUCACAAAGAUAUAUCAUCCUAACAUUGACAAGCUUGGCCGAAUAUGUCUUGAUAUACUUAAAGAUAAAUGGAGCCCUGCUCUUCAAAUUCGCACUGUACUCUUAAGUAUUCAAGCACUUUUGAGUGCUCCAAAUCCAGAUGAUCCAUUAUCUGAAAACAUAGCAAAACACUGGAAAUCUAAUGAAGCUGAAGCUGUUGAAACAGCAAAGGAAUGGACCCAUAUGUAUGCUAGUGGAGCCUAACACAGGUAUCAUGUUUUUUUUUUCUCUCAAGAAAAUAAUAUGUAUAAUUAGAUAUUUUAAUUCACAAUUUCCAUUAGGGAUAAAAGUUUUAUUUUAUUUCGAGAUAAAUUACUCUCAUGUUAUAUUUUUCAUUGGGUGGAACAAAGGAAAAUUGUAAUUUUUUA